AUGAACCGAAACCAACUGCCUUUUCAGUUCACAGAGUGGUUUUUAUCGCAUUACUGUCUAAGGCGCAGCCUACAUGAAUGCCAUGACGUAUACAUCAACAUCUUGAUUGUUGAUAGUGUGCGUUUUUCAGAACUACAGCUUCAUGGAAUUCUUCCGACAGAUAUCAACUUUCUAGUGUGCACCCAUGGUCACUUGGAUCAUAUAGGAAAUUUAAAUUUGUUUCCAACUGCAAAGAUUAUUCUUGAUAACGAUGUUUGCUCUUUCCCUAGUAGUUCAUUAAAGGUCAUUUUGGAAUUUGGUCAGGAAGCACAUCCAUUGACUUCAAACGUUAGCCUAAUGCGAACGACUGGCCACACUAGCCAUGACAUAAGCGUUGUUGUAACAAAUGCGAUAAAUGGAGGUAGUUGUUGUGCAUUUUUUAAAUCAGUUUUAUUUUCUCAUUCAGGGGACAUAUUCGAAUGUGAACAUGACGACGUCGACCGUAAGUGGGAACAGUUAUCUUGGAAUCCAGAGAUGCAGAAAGAAUCGCGUCAGCUUAUCCUCGCUCUAGCUGAUUAUGUUAUUCCUGGCCAUGGAGAAAUUUUUUGCUCUCCAUUUCCUUUUGCAUUAGAAUUCAUGACUCUAAAGAAUCGCCUUAUUCAGGUAGUGAUUAAUAAGCAGUAG